AUGAUGACUAAAAUAAAAAUGUUCGGCAGCCUGAAACGUUGCGCGCGAUGUCAAGCAGCAAUCCUGUCAUCAGAGCUGGUGAUGCGAGCCCGAGAGCUGGUGUUCCACGUCCGAUGUUUCUCCUGCACAAUAUGUGCCGUCCCGCUGACGAAAGGGGACACAUUUGGCAUGAGAAACGGCGUGGUCCUGUGCCGCUCUGACUACGAAAUGGGUGCUGAGAUGCAUCCCUCUCAGAGUCCCCCGGUGCCCGUUUAUCCUCCGGGACCUCAUUAUCCCGGGCAGUCGUUUCCGUCCCCGGACUUUCUGCACCAUCAGCCGCACCAUCAUGGCGUCUCGAGCCAUCCUCACCAUACCAUGCAUCCUCAGCAUCCUCAUCAAUUAACCCACGCCAGUCCAGUACCACUUCAACCGUCGACGCCCUCAGGUCCUGAAGUAGGCUCCCCGCCGAAAGUCCCCUACUUCAACGGGACUGCUCAGGCUGUCGGUGGAGCUGCUGGAGUUCCUCCACCCAGACAAAAAGGUCGUCCGAGGAAAAGGAAGCCCAAGGAUUUAGAAGCUAUGACUGCUAGUCUAGGUUUUCUUCUCACGAAAAGCAGCACAAGACUCGGCUGCUGCGGAUCGGUGCGAUCGCUAUCGAGUUCUCGUGGUACAAGGCAAAACAACCCGUCGAGAAACACAAACGUUUUACACAACAUGAGGUUAAAACAUCUGAAUUCAGAGUACAUUGAUAUGCCGUUUGGACGCGGCCCAGGUACGCCGGGUAUGCCAGGCUCAAACAGCCGGACCAAGCGGAUGAGAACAAGCUUCAAACAUCAUCAGCUAAGAACGAUGAAGAGUUAUUUUUCCAUCAAUCACAAUCCAGACGCAAAAGAUCUUAAGCAGCUUUCGCAGAAGACCGGAUUGCCAAAGAGGGUACUACAGCUGUAUGGCAACAGCGCCGGAAGUGGAGGACCUCCUAUGAGUCCUCCUUUUAUGCUCGGAGGGCCUCAUAGCCCUGCUUCACUUGGCUCGCUCGAUUGUGCGUAA